CAAGGCUAUGGCAACCAGGAGAAGCCAAAGUUUGUCGAAUCUCUGGAACCGCAGAGGAAUCCCGAGCUCUUGGCCCGACUCACCGCUGCUCUCAUGGCGCUCUACGAGCUCUUCUCUCACCCAGUGGAGCGGGGCUACCGCGCGGGGCUCUGCUCUAAGGCCGCGCUGUUCCUGAUGCUGUCCGCCGCGCUCACGUACAUCCCGCCACUGCUGGUGGCCUUCCGGAGCCACGGGUUUUGGCUGAAACGGAGCAGCUAUGAGGAGCAGCCGACCGUGCGCUUCCAGCACCAGGUGCUGCUCGUGGCCUUGCUAGGACCCGAGCACGGUGGGUUCCUAGCCUGGAGCACGUUCCCCGCCUUCAACCGGCUGCAGGGGGAUCACCUGCGCGUCCCGCUCGUUUCGACUAGAGAAGAAGACAGGAACCAGGAUGGGAAAAUGGACAUGUUACAUUUUAAACUGGAGCUUCCCCUGCAGUCCACGGAGCACGUUCUUGGUGUGCAGCUCAUUUUGACUUUCUCCUACCAACUGCACAGGAUGUCGACAUUCGUGAUGCAGAGCAUGGCGUUUUUCCAAUCCUCCUUCGCUGUUCCGGGGUCCCAAUUAUAUGUGAACGGAGACCUGAGGUUGCAGCAGAAGCAGCCCCUAAGCUAUGGUGGCCUAGAUGUUCGGUACAACGUAUCUGUAAUCAAUGGGACCAGCCCUUUUGCCCGUGACUACGACCUCACCCACAUUGUUGCUGCCUAUCAGGAAAGGAACGUAACCACCAUCCUGACUGACCCCAACCCCAUCUGGCUGGUGGGAAGGGCUGCAGAAGCUCCAUUUGUGAUUAAUGCUGUCAUCCGAUACCCCAUGGAAGUCAUCUCAUAUCCUUUCUGUUAAAGGGCCAACAGUAGCUGGGUUUCAAAAAAGGAAAGGAUUCCUCAGUUGUCCCAGGAAGGAACAGAUGUGGGAAGCCUCAGACUGGAAAUUGCUGCAUUUGUAGCCCCACGCAAAUGACUGUCUGUCUGCAGUUCAUACAGGAAAAAAUAUUCAUUUCCUGUUCAUAUUUCUUCUUGAGCAAUUCUUCUAUAUCAGAAUCAUCCAUAUUUAUAUCUUAAUAAUCUUUUAUUAUCUCUUUUAUCUUAAGGGUAUUUGAAACAUUUUUGCCAUUUUCUGUCUAAACUAACCCUUUGGUUUAACAUUUCCUUAGAAAAUGUCAUCUGUGAUUCCUUAACUGUUUGUACUUAUCUACCAGGAUUCUGGGAAAUGAUAAAGUUUGCCUGGAUCCAGUAUGUCAGUAUCCUACUUAUCUUCCUCUGGGUGUUUGAAAGAAUCAAAAGAUUUGUGUUUCAAAAUCAGGUGGUGACCACAAUCCCUGUAACAGCAAUGCCCCAGGGAGAACUGUAUAAGGAGCAUUUAUCUUAAGAAGACCCUUUCUGAAAACUCUAAGCUACCUCACUGUUGUCUUCUGAGGACUGUCACCUUACGAAAUUUCUGAAAAGAGCCUGUGGACACUUGCCCACAUGUGUGCUUUUCCUAUCAGAGACAAAGAACAUUCCUUUCUAAUAUCCCUCUACACAAAUUCUAUAUUUUCUACACGCCUACGAAAAUAAUCACGGACUAGUUUGUGGAAAUGUUUCUGAGGGUUCCUGAAGGCUAUAAUUUGCUUUUGUUUUUUGUCUCAGACUUGAAUUUCAGGAGAAAACUACAGUCGGUUCAGAGAGCUUGGAAAGAGUCCCAUCUCUGGUCAAGCAAAGACUUUUCCUCUCUUGAACUGAGAAACAUGCUAUGUAUUUCUUCCCCCUAUUGUAAACCACGUUUUACUCUUUUCAGGGCUCUCUGGUGAUAGAUAUGCAAAUCAUCAGCACUUUCCACUCCUGGGCAUCUAAAUUUCCCAUUCAGAACUGAUUUCCAGAACUGAGAGGCCUUUAACUGGAGAUCUGGAGAGUGAGAAAGGGAGCGCUCCAGAGCACAUGUGUGCACGUGCGGGAGGGUGGGCGACUUGAGGACACUAAGACCAUCCAUCCACCUGCCCCGAGUCUAACAGACAGUCGUCUGUCGGUAGCUCAGCUGAACAGCCCUUUAUCCCUGCCCUGCUGUGGCUGGCUCUUUGCCCUCUGUCUGGGCCCCUGGAAUAGCAGGCUGCAGUCAGAAGUGCUGUUCCAUUCACAAGCCCCUCAGCAACAGUGGGGGAAGUAAGGAGUGUAACAACAGGUUCUUUCUCUUUGGCCCUCACCCAACAGCCUGGACGCUUGCCACUCCUUCUCCUUGACAGCCCUCCCCCUUCUUGAAAAGGACAUGGGUGACAGAGGAGCCGUUGUUGGUAUUGGCUCCCACUGCCUGACAACCACAGAGUUUACUUGGAGGGCCAGCAGGAAGCCCAGCUACUUGUGUUUCCCUCGACUAAGGAACAGGGCGCCCAUCAGAGUGGGCCGCUUUGGAGAGGACACACAAGGAGCAGGGAGGGGAUAAAGAGGAUGCUAGCCCAGGCAGCCCAAUCCGGGCCUGGCCUUUAGCAGAAUGACACGCAGUCCAGCCAGAUUACCCUCAUGACUAAGUGAGUGUCUGCCGAAGAGACUGCUGGAAUGGCUCUCUGUUGCAGAGAAUUCUCCAUUCUCGCCCUAAGGACAGCUGGACCUGCUUUAUGAUACCGAGAUAUCACUGGCACUGGAAGGACAUGCCCUGUGUGAUCCACGCUUCACUCCCAUCCACACACACACUCCUGAGUGCAUGCCUCAGUUUACCCUGGAGACUCAGUUUUUAUUUCCAAAGCACCUUUUCAUUCAGGCUGACCAAAAUAAGAGUUUUGGAAACAAAGCUGUUUUGAAGUAUCCAAGCACAAAAAUAUCCUAACACUGACCCCUCUGCUUUUUCUUUUAAUAUUUUGGGCUGUUUAUAUGCCUAAAGUUUUUUUCUUGAGAUUUAAAUAAAAAAUGUUUUCUGGUUUGAAUCACCAAAAGGUAAUGAGAUAUGGAAAGAUAGCUGAAGAUGUGUAUAAACAUGGCUUUGCAUUUUAUUACAUUAUUUUCAUGCAAAAUGUGUAUAAAGAACCAUGAUGUUUUGUAACUUUAUAAUUAAAGUGUUCAAACUGGAAGGUUGCAUGUGGCUCUUUAGAGGGAGAGUAUUUGGAAAGGGGAGGAUGGGGAGGGCAGAGGUUGUGCACACUUCUUGGGGUUACUCACCAGCAGCCUUGCUUUGCCAGGGCUCUGCCCAAAAACCUUGGAGCUUUUGUUAGCUCUUCGCAAAAGUCUUCUGGCCCUGCCCCAAGUAAAUGCGAGUUUUUGGUGAAAUCCACAUGGCAUGUGGAAACCACAGGCUGGAAAAUUACAACUGCGUCUGGUGAAUAUUAGAUUAUUUACAGAUCAGAUGUUGGUAGCUUCUGAACCUGAAUCACACCUUAUAGCUGAAAGAGGGGAAAAAUGGAAGUAUACAGGAUAUUAUCAACUGGGCUGUAACCCAUAACUACAUCCAUGGUUUGAGACAAUUAAUAUUUGGCAGGGGGGAAUCCCUUAUUUUGUCAAAUGAUUUUCCAGUUUCUGUUUGAAUCAGGUGAGUUUCCAUCAUGUAAGAUUGAUAAAGCAAUUA